CUUUUCCAUCUUCUGCUCUCUUCCACUCUUCCUUCUUGCUCUUCCUUCCUCCAAGGAGACACGCACACAAAUUUCAAAAUCCGUUUCGCAAAAAUGUCGAGGCUCCUUCUUCUCCACACUCCCCAUAUCACCUAUUUCCAUCGCCAAACCCUCACUUCUUUCCUCUCCAACUCCAAGCCUCUCCCCUCUCUCUCUUCUCUCCAAUUCCAUCAUCACCGCUUCUCUCUUUCCCUCUUCGUCUCUCCUUCCUCUCCUUCUCCUUCCCUUCCUCUCCGAACCUUUUCCGCCCGCGCAUUCGACUCCUCCGAAACCAAAAGCAAAGAAGAAGAAGAAGAAGCAGAGAAAUCAGGAAAUGAGGAAGGGAAGACGAAGAAGAUUAAUAGUAGCGAGAGUAGUAGUGUUAAAGAUUCAGAGUAUCCAAGCGGUGAAUUUCAGUUUGAAGAGUUUAACUGGUGGAAGAAGUUCACUGUCAAGCUCAAGAUGCUCACUGCUUUGCCUUGGGAGCGAGUUCGCAAAGGCACCGUCUUGACCAUGAACAUUCGCGGCCAGAUAUCUGAUCAGCUAAAGAGCCGUUUCUCUUCAGGACUAUCUCUACCUCAAAUUUGUGAGAACAUUGUAAAAGCAGCAUAUGAUCCACGCAUUUCUGGUAUCUAUCUUCAUAUUGAAACCUUGAGUUGUGGCUGGGGCAAAGUUGAAGAAAUCCGAAGGCAUAUUUUCGAUUUCAAGAAAUCAGGCAAAUUCAUUGUGGCAUAUGUCCCUGCAUGUCGUGAGAAAGAAUAUUACCUUGCCUGUGCAUGUGAAGAGAUAUAUGCCCCUUCAAGUGCUUAUUUUUCUUUGUUCGGUUUAACUGUUCAAGCAUCAUUCCUUAGAGGUGUCUUUGACAAUGUAGGAAUUGGGCCAGAAGUGCAAAGGUUUGGCAAAUACAAAAGUGCGGGGGAUCAACUUAUACGCAAAACAAUGUCUAAGGAAAAUUGUGAGAUGCUGACUGCAUUGCUCGAAAAUAUCUAUGGGAAUUGGCUGGAUAAAGUUUCUUCAACAAAAGGAAAGACAAGGGAAGAUCUUGAGAACUUCAUUAAUGAUGGUGUUUACCAAGUAGAAAGGCUGAAAGAAGAGGGCUGGAUAACAAACAUACAUUAUGAUGACGAGGUUAUUUCAAUGUUGAGGGAGAAACUAGGAUUACCUAAGGAUAAACAGGUCCCUAUGAUUGAUUACAGAAAAUACUCUAGAGUUAGAAAAUGGACUCUCGGUUUAUCUGGUGGUAAAGACCAAAUAGCUGUAAUCAGAGCCUCAGGGAGCAUUAGUCGUGUACGAAGUCCAUUAAGUGUCUCUGGUUCAGGUAUUGUUGGGGAGCAGUUCAUUGAGAAGAUUCGUACAGUGAGAGAGUCUAAAAGAUACAAGGCAGCAAUAAUCCGAAUUGACAGCCCUGGAGGUGAUGCUCUUGCUUCUGAUUUAAUGUGGAGGGAAAUCCGACUUUUGGCUGCAUCAAAACCUGUCAUUGCAUCAAUGUCUGAUGUGGCAGCAAGUGGAGGAUACUAUAUGGCAAUGGCAGCAGGGACUAUUGUUGCAGAAAAUCUAACCUUGACUGGUUCCAUUGGAGUUGUAACAGGGAGGUUUAACCUGGGGAAGCUGUAUGAAAAGAUUGGUUUCAACAAAGAAAUCUUAUCGAGGGGAAAAUAUGCUGAGCUCCUUGCAGCGGAUCAAAGACCUUUAAGACCAGAUGAAGCAGAACUUUUUGCUAAGUCUGCACAGAAUGCAUAUAUGCAAUUUCGGGACAAGGCAGCUUUUUCCAGAUCAAUGCCUGUAGAUAAGAUGGAGGAGGUUGCACAAGGGAGGGUUUGGACUGGUAAAGAUGCAGCUUCAAGAGGUUUGGUUGAUGCUAUUGGUGGACUUUCUCGGGCUGUUGCUAUAGCAAAACUGAAGGCUAAUAUACCUCAAGAUACACAGGUUACUCUUGUGGAGCUUUCAAGACCAUCCCCAACACUACCAGAGGUAUUAAGUGGCAUAGGGAAUACUCUAGUUGGAGUUGACAACACACUGAAAGAACUACUGCAAGAGUUGACAAAUUCUGAGGGAGUUCAAGCCAGGAUGGAUGGAAUCAUGUUCCAGAGACUGGAGGGAUAUUCUUAUGCCAAUCCCAUUUUCGCUUUGAUAAAAGAUUACAUGAGUUCCCUCUAACCUUUAUUGGUUAUCCUGUGUAUCACAUCAUUUUGAUAAAAAAUCAUCUUAAUCCCUCUAACCUGUAUUGGUUAUGCAGAGUCUCACUGCUUCUCCAAAAUCUGGUUUUGGUUGGACAUAUAUGUGUUCUAAAAUUUGGCACAAUGGAGGAGCGGUUAGUUUGGGGUAUAUGCUUCGUUUGGAAAACUGGUGAAAGCAAACAGAGCCACCUUGAGGGUGUUUUUUUUUUUUUUUUUCAAUUUCCCUGUUGGUUUGCAUCUGUUUUCUCUGUGCUUUUGUAUAUAAAUAUACAGAAUUAUUCGAGCAAUACCAAAAAAGGAAGAGAGAAAUAUUGUGUUGUAAUUAUUCAUUGUUUUUCUCUUUAUCUUUUGGAUAACAUGCAUAUAACAUGCAUUGUCCCACCCGAAAUUGUCAAUUUCUAAUGCUAAUUAGUGUUUUGGGGA